CCAUCUUUUUUUUCUUUCUUCUCUCAAUCAAACAAAUAACAGAGUUCAUAAAAGAAACCAAUCUUUCAAAAAAAUUUAGAAUGGACCAACUCUCGAAAUGCGAAGCAAAUUAUGUGCCACUUACACCCUUGACGUUCCUCAAAAGGGCUGGCAGUGUGUAUGCUAAUCGUACGUCCAUCAUCUACGAGAGCAUUCGUUUCACUUGGCGUCAAACCUACGAGCGGUGUUGUCGUCUCGCUUCAUCUUUACGUUCUCUCAACAUACUUAACAACCAUGUUGUAUCUGUGCUGGCUCCUAAUGUUCCGGCUAUGUAUGAGAUGCAUUUUGCUGUUCCCAUGGCUGGUGCUGUUCUCAACACCAUUAAUAGCAGGCUGGAUGCUAAGAAUGUUGCCACCAUUCUUCGUCACUCUGAGGCCAAGGCCUUGUUUGUUGAUUAUCAGUAUGUGCAGUUGGCUAGCGAGGCUCUUCGGAUUUUGAUGGCGGAUUCACAACAAGGGCAGUCAUCGAUGCCAUUGGUGAUUGUCAUAGAUGAUGUAGACUCCCCCACGGGUGUUCGACUUGGGGAGUUGGAAUAUGAGCAGCUAAUCCAAAUGGGUAAUCCGAGAUUUGUCCCCAUUGAGGUACAAGAUGAGUGGGAUCCUAUUUCACUCAACUAUACAUCCGGAACCACAUCCGAACCCAAAGGGGUUGUUUACAGUCACAGAGGGGCUUAUUUAAGCACUUUAGCCUUGGUUUUAGGGUGGGAAAUGGGGAAUGAGCCUGUUUAUCUUUGGUCUCUCCCUAUGUUCCAUUGCAACGGUUGGACCUUCACUUGGGGAAUCGCAGCACGAGGUGGAACCAAUGUAUGUAUACGCAAUACCACCGCGUACGACAUGUACCGAAGCAUAGCGACCCACAAAGUGACCCACAUGUGUUGCGCGCCCAUCGUGUUCAACAUCCUCCUCGAAGCCAAACUAAACGAGCGCCGGGAAAUUUCCUCUCCCGUCCAAAUACUCACCGGCGGUGCACCCCCUCCAGCCCCAUUGCUCGAGAAGAUGGAACACCUCGGUUUCCACGUAACACAUGCUUACGGUCUAACAGAAGCCACCGGUCCCGCUUUAGUGUGCGAAUGGCAAGCCAAGUGGAACCAUUUACCCGAAGAACAUAAGGCGAAAAUCAAGUCCCGACAAGGAAUUAGCGUACUGACGUUAGCAGAUGUAGACGUGAAGAACAUGGAAACCAUGGAAAGUGUCCCGCACGAUGGGAAAACCAUAGGGGAAAUCGUUUUGCGUGGAAGUAGUAUCAUGAAAGGGUAUCUCAAAGACGAAGUAGCCACCUCCAAAGCCUUUAAAAACGGAUGGUUCUUCACCGGCGAUGUGGGAGUUAUACACCCCGAUGGGUACCUCGAAAUAAAAGACCGAUCAAAGGACGUAAUCAUAUCCGGAGGCGAAAACAUCAGUAGCGUCGAGCUUGAAUCGGUUCUUUACAAACAUCCCAGAAUUCUAGAAGCAGCCGUGGUUGCAAUGCCGCACCCACGGUGGGGGGAAAGCCCUUGUGCUUUUAUAUCAUUAAGAGAGAACGAAACCGGCCAAAAAGGCGACGUGAAAGAAGCCGAUAUCAUAUCAUAUUGCCGUAAAAACCUCCCACACUUCAUGAUCCCAAAGAAGGUGAAGUUUCUAUCACAGCUGCCCAAAACUUCAACGGGGAAAAUACAGAAAUUCCAGCUAAGAGCUAUGGCCAAAACAUUCCAAGUUACAGAGAAGAAGUCUACGCAAGUCAAUAAAGAAAUUCCUCAAUAUCACGUGGAGGGUCAUGAACAGAUUCUUGCAAUGUCACGCCUUUGAAAGUCAAAAAGAGAUUAGUUAAUUAGUUGAAUUGGAAUAAACUAUACAUGCGAGUACUUGUAUAGGGGCCGUUCCUUGAUAUUUUUUAUUUGCUUAUGUACCCUCUUGCAGAUGGCUUGUGAAGAAACACUACUGCUUAAUUAAUGUUAUAAAUAAACAAUUUUGUUGCUAA